AUGCUGCUCAGAGCCGCGCGAUCGCCGUGCUGGCGCACGGCGCAAUUCGCAUAUCCGAGCUUCACCGGCCGGUCACGGUGCACGCGACUUAACGGAACGCACCUGCGUGUAUUCACAUCAGGCGGUAUCCCAUUGCGGAACAAAUCUACAGAAAAUAAAGAUCAGACAUCUACGAAAGUCGGUGCUUCUACCCCAGCCCCGUCGCAAUUGGCCAGCGCCAAAAUCGUCCAAACGCCGAAAGAUGGCGAUGCGAAGACACCAAAAAAGGACUUGCUGAGUGAGCCUAUGGCUGCAACGAAGGAACAACGGAAGGCGGAUUGGGCCAUUAUGAGGGAAAUGGCCAAGUAUCUGUGGCCGAAGGAUGAUUGGGGUACGAAGCUCCGUGUCGGUUCGGCAUUGUCAUUGCUUGUUGGUGCAAAGAUUCUCAAUGUGGAGAUCCCCUUCUACUUCAAGAGCAUUGUCGACUCGAUGAAUGUAGACUUUGCUUCUGUCGGUGGGACUGCCUACACUGUGGCUGGGUCGAUGAUUAUUGCCUAUGGUGUGACUCGAAUUGGAGCUACAUUGUUCCAAGAACUCCGCAAUGCGGUAUUUGCUAGUGUUGCACAGAAAGCAAUCCGAAAAGUGGCUUCGAAUGUCUUUGAACAUCUCUUGCGACUGGAUCUCAACUUCCAUCUUUCCCGGCAGACCGGCGGUCUAACCCGUGCGAUAGAUCGUGGUACUAAAGGCAUCAGCUUCCUUUUGACCUCCAUGGUCUUCCAUGUGGUACCGACUGCGCUUGAAAUUUCGCUUGUCUGCGGUAUUCUGACCUAUCAAUAUGGCCUCCAAUUUGCUGCCAUCACCACCACAACCAUGAUCGCAUACACAGCAUUCACCAUCACUACCACUGCGUGGCGAACCAAGUUUCGCCGACAGGCUAACGCAGCUGAUAACCGCGGCGCAACUGUUGCCGUGGACUCACUCAUCAACUACGAGGCUGUCAAGUACUUCAAUAACGAAAAAUUUGAAGUUGCACGAUACGGAAAGGCCUUGAAGAAUUACGAAGAUGCAUCCAUCAAGGUCACCACCUCCUUGGCAUUCCUCAACUCCGGUCAGAACAUGAUCUUCUCCUCUGCGCUGGCCGCAAUGAUGUACCUGGCCUGCGAUGGAGUUGCAACCGGGGCCUUGACCGUCGGUGACCUGGUAAUGGUGAACCAGCUAGUCUUCCAGCUCUCUGUUCCCCUCAACUUCUUGGGCUCUGUCUACCGCGAGUUGCGCCAGUCCCUGUUGGACAUGGAGACUCUCUUCAACUUGCAGAAGGUCAAUGUCACAAUCACCGAACGACCCAACGCCAAACCCCUGCAGCUCACCCAGGGCGGCGAGAUUCGCUUCGAGAACGUUACUUUCGGCUACCACCCAGACCGCCCAAUCCUGAAGAAUGCCACCUUCAGUAUUCCCGCUGGACAGAAGUUUGCCAUUGUCGGCCCUAGCGGCUGCGGCAAGUCUACAAUUCUGCGUCUUCUGUUCCGCUUCUACGACGUCCAAUCCGGCCGUAUCCUCAUUGACGGCCAAGACGUCCGUGAUGUGAGCCUUGACAGUCUCCGCAAAGCCAUUGGAGUGGUGCCGCAGGAUACACCCCUAUUCAACGACACAAUCGCGCACAACAUCCGCUACGGACGGAUCGAUGCAUCCGACGAUGAAGUGCGCCGCGCCGCCGAGCGGGCCCACAUCCACAAGCUGAUCGAAGGUCUACCAGAGGGCUACCAGACCGCAGUAGGUGAGCGCGGCAUGAUGAUCUCCGGUGGAGAGAAGCAGCGACUGGCAAUCUCUCGGUUGAUUCUGAAGGAUCCGCAACUACUUUUCUUCGACGAGGCAACAUCCGCCCUCGACACCUACACGGAGCAAGCCCUCCUCCAGAAUAUCAACAGCAUUCUUAAGGACAAGAGCCGUACUAGUGUUUUCGUAGCUCAUCGUCUGCGCACCAUCUGUGAUAGCGACCAGAUCCUGGUGCUGAAGGAAGGCCAGGUGGCAGAGAUGGGUUCGCACCGUGAAUUACUCGAUCGUAAUGGAAUCUAUGCGGAAUUAUGGAAUGCCCAGGAACUGUCUAUGGCCCAGGAUUUGGAGCUGGAGCGGAACCAGGGAGAGGAUAUUGAUAGUAAGGCGUAA